ACCAUUCACACAGGUAAACACAUCUGUCCUUGGUGCUGAACACCAUCCAACCACACGCGUACGUGCAUACACAUAGGUCAUUUUGGGGUCAAGAGUAGAAGAAUGCAAGACCCAAUCAUCUCAUGCUACAAAACGUUUCUAUUUACAUUUGUUUGGUCACUUGCCAUACAAUCGUAUAGGGAUAUAGUUCGAAGCAUGUAAAUUUCAUUGAAGACAUAACACAUGCUUGUAUAUCCUCACAAAGGCAGAAUAUACAGUUAGUGUCCUUUUUUCAUUAUGGUAUCUCAAUAUAUUGAUAGCUACUAUAAACAGCUACACUUCAGAUAUUGACCAUUGUAGGGAAUGAACUCGUGUGUAGUUAUGCAAAGUUCCUGGUUCAGUAGUUUGAUUUAGUGCAUAGCACUUAAAUGACAUGAAAGGUAACGCUUUAAAGCUUUUAAUAUUAUGUUUGAACCUUAGCAAUAGCUAUCAACUCGGAACAGAACAGUUAAUCAAAAUGGUGUCAAAGAAAACCCUUUUUAACUGCAGCGCUCUAUAUCUGCCGCGUGGUGGCGUGACUACGUAGUACCACAUUAGCUGCCUUCACGAUUCUGUAAUACAAGUCGAAGUGUUACAGAUAUAAAAAAAAAACACAGACGCAGAUCAGUGCAACGAAACCAAGACUUUCUUCAACUGAUAAGGACCUAACACAACCACAAAGCGUAGUAGCUAUAGAUUUCAAGAUGUUGAGUGACAUGGUCCGAAAACAACGGUAUUUACUGUCUACAAUUACAAAUGCAGCUGAAGCGCAACACAGGCGAACACAGGAAUCCCUCCCCAAAACAACACAUUCCCCACCUCAGGCAACAUUCGUGCUAGCAGCACCGGUCACUCAUAAGCAGUCGGCGGCCUUGGCGAAUCACUUUGCCACCAAACUUCUCCUACACUAAACGACUGGGCAUACAGAAGCCUCUAGAAAAACCCUUACUUCAAAAUGAGAGGAGAUUUCCUCGGACCCCUGUCACGAAAGAAUUGAAAGAAUUGAGUUGCGCACCAUUCAGCACCAAGGACAGAUCCACAUUGCUAGACAGUAUAACAGUAUACGCUACAACCUGCACUUUGUGAUGUAACAAAGUACAGAUAAAAUAUAGUUAAGACCGAAUAAAUACACACAAACUAUUGUGUACAAACUCAAGUUACACAGUAUUGUUCCACGAUGAUCCAAUGUAAUGCCAAAAAAGUGUUCCAGAACACGGUUGCGUCACAGAGCGCCAUCUAGCGUCCCGGCAACGCAGAACAACAGUUAGACACUGGCCUUAGUAAGUGUCUUCGUACUUUUCAGUUCUCUAAGUGGUGGGUUUUGUGGCCACGAUGAGUCGAGUUGCCGAUAAAUGCCUCAGUGGCGUAUUUUACGUCCUGACGGCGCUAUCACUGGUGAAAAAGUCCAAGUCAGCAGGGGAAAAGCUAAGAGUCACGGUUCACGGAGCAACUGGCCAGGGGAGUUUUGGCCCCGGCAAGUUCAUGACAACAAUCCGGUUGGGCGAGGAGAAGUUCAGAACCGGACUGAAGAAGGCGACAUCUCUGAUAUGGGAGGAGUCCGCAGAGUUUCAGUCCCCGGCGGACGCUGACGACAAAGAAAUUAUCGUCUUGAAGCUGAGAAAGGCAAAGAAGUGUACCGAACGAACGGUUGGUACCGUCACCAUCAACGUGAAAGAAGCUCUGGAGACCAACCUCCACCUGCCGAUCAAGAGGCGUUAUUUGGUGACACAUAGCGACAAACAGCAGAGGUGCAGGGUGUUCCUGGAGGUCUCUGUGACUGUUGAAGACGGGAAGAAGCCGAGUAAGGGAGAAACCUCAGAAUGCUCUUCUCACAAGAAUUGUAAGGCUGGUACCAACUCUCUGUCAUCAGGGAAGACCACAGAAGGAGAGGCUGCUUUCGCAACAGUUCUGACCGAGUCCACGGAUACAGUAGCGUCGCCUGCCGAGAUUAAUCCGCACUGCAGGGAGCAGAUAUCCUCCAUCGCCAGUCUGUAUGAGGAGCUAACAGCGAAGCAGUCAUCCUCGGCGGACUUGCUGACGUACGUCGACGGGCUUCGUGCCAAACUGGCUGUAGCGGCGCCGCACGUGUUGGACAAUGUCGUGAUCAAGAACAUGGCAGCAAACGUUCCAGACUUCACACACUAUGAACUUCCAGACAUGGCCGCUGAGAGUUUGGAGGGACUUGAGAAGAUUCUAAAUGUUGUGCAGAGGUUGAACGAAGAGGAAGACGCCCGGCUCCAUUUCAUACAGAGGUGGUAUGUGGAGGAGUUAUGCCGUCAGGCGAUGGAGGAAGCACCCGAAGUGCUGGAAGGCGGCUGAUGUACUGUGUAGUCACGCCACCACGCGGCAGAUAUAGACUGCUGCAGCUAAAGAGUUUUUUUGAAACCAUUUUGUUCAUUAAAAUGUUAAAUUGUUUAGGUUCACAUAAUGUUACAAGACUUGUUCGUGCUAAUACCUUUCUUGACAUUUGAGUGCUAUGCAUUAAAUCAAACUACCGAACCAAGAACUUUAAUGUUACAUAACCACACACGAGUUCAAUUCAUAUGGUAGGAUUUGACUGGUCAAUCUUUGAAGUGUUGCAGUUUAUAUUUGCUAUCAAUAUAUUGUGUAAAACCAUAAUAAAAUUAAUGACAUUGUUUAUUCUGACGUUGUCGGGAUAUAUAACGUUACAAGUUUGUGCAAUGUGUUCAUUAUUAGUUUUCUUCGACGUACAAUUUACAGUUCACUCACACCACUUGUAUUCUGGCUAUAAUUGAGGUAUAGGAGAGGAAUUUUGGGUUUUGUAAGGCGUAGAGUGUUUUCUGUUGAUACUUUGGUACCCUAUGGUGAAAAAAACACAUUAACGUGUUUAUAGCAUAUACAAAUUUGUAAAAGAAUUAAGGAAUAUAUUUGGAGAACUCUACUUUACUAAUGUAUCCUUACACGAUCGAUUGUAUGGCAAAUAAACAAACAAAGGCAAUAGAAACGUUUUUGUAAUAUGGAAAAUUUGGAUGUUGUAUUCUUCAUUCAAAUUAC